AUGAAAAGGGCAAAAGUUUUGCGGGAAAAACGCCACACCAUUCGCGGCACCCUUGUCUCUGUGAGGCCAAUAAGCUGCGUUCCAGAGGACAGUGUGGAUUCUGUAGACGACAGAAGCGUUCUUGUGAAGGGUAUUCCACCUGGCACCAGCCGAGAAACGGUGUCACAUUUCCUGGAGAAGCUGGCUGGUCCUGAUUUGACCGUUGUUGGGGCUCACACUGGCAUUGAUCCCACCUCCUCAGUGCUUACUUUUGAUGGAGAAAUAAGCGAUAGUGUAUUCACAUCUAUGACACAGAAUAUCUCGAAAGAAAGUUUUCUCGGAACUUUUCUCACAGUGGAGCAAGUCCAGAAACCUAAUGCUGUUCUUGUCAAAGGGAUCAAAGACGAACAGUAUUUCAAGGAAAAAUUGGAAUAUUAUUUCGAAAGCAAAAAGAGCAGGGGUGGAUCGGUCAAGGACGUUGUCAUACUAAGAAAUAGGAAAGCUGCUGUUGUUACGUUUCAAGAAGCAGACGUUGCGAAGAGAGUUUCUGAGAAUUCACACACCCUCGAAGGUCUCCAGUUGCAUGUCAGUGUCUAUUACCGUGAAAUCGGAUAUGAAGAAGAUGACGACGAAGAAGAUACCGGAGAUUCCUGGACAAUGGAGUUCCCUUGUGACCCACACAUUGUAUCCUUCUUAAGUGAACGUCCUGCUCAAAAGCGCCGUUUGGCUGGUAAUCUUAAGCCGAUUCAUGGGUCACUCCCUCAAUCCUGGAUAGAUGUCACCACCAACCAAAUACGCGUCGUGGCCGACGAAAGUAAACGGAUGGACAGGAAAGAGAAGUGGGAAAAGAAAUGCGCUGAAGUGGUUCAAGAGUUUCUUGAUGGUUUCACAACGAAAUUAGUCCAUUUUCCUGAUUACGUUUGGUCUAGGAUUGAAGAGGAGUGCGAAGUGCAUACCAUUUAUUACCAAGAGUUAAUAGAUGUACAGGUCGCCCCUGCGUCUCACAACGUCCGAGUAACUGGUGUUGAAGACGAAUGCCAAAAGAUCCUCAAAGGCUUUGCUCGAAUUCAGAGGGAGGAGAAUAAAAAGUCAAAAGAAGAAGAAAAGGAAACAACCAAAGUUUUGACUGAUAAGAACAAAGCCAAAUUAGCCCUCAUCGAAAGAAAAGGUGUCGCUGGUGUACCACCGGGAGUUGUCGUCAUGAUUCGAUCAAAUGAAGGUAAAAUUGAAUUCAAAGGAAAGGCCACUCUAGUGGAGAGAGCUGUUACAAAAUUCCUAGAAGUUCUUACUUCAAUUAUGGAAAACAGCAUCCGCGUCACCGACAAACAUUUUGUCAGGAUUUUGGCGUCAAAAGAAGGCGAGGAGAAAGUCCGAUGUGUACUCAAAAAAGCUGGUUUGGACGUCGUUCAUGAAGUCACGGGAAAGGGAUCUGAAUGUACGAUGCGUUUUUAUUCGUUUUACGCUGAGGCAACAGAAAAAGCGGCAGAAGUCAUUCAAGGCAGUCUGACCACUCAAAGCAUCCCCGUGCAAAAGGCCAAGCUUUCAUAUUUGCACACCGAUCCUUGGGAGGCCCUACAGGAAAAAUUGGUCAAAGAUUUGUGCGUUUGGAUGGAGGUUACAGACUUGAGAGAUACGAAAACUGUUGUGGUAUAUGGUUUUAGCGAUGAUGUAAAAGAGGCUGCGAAGCAGAUAACGCAUCAUUUGGGACAGAAACCAGUUGCAAGCGAAACUAUGUCGAUUCUCCCCGGCCAGGCGGAAUAUAUAAUCAAAUUUAAAGUAUCCGAGAUUAAGAAGUUGGAGAAGGACAAAAGAGUGCAAAUUAUAAUCAACGGGGACAACGGGGAGUUGAUUAUCCAGGGCCCAACUGAUAAAAUCCAUGAAGCUGAGUCAUCACUAAAGGCAUUUGUUGACAAAAUUAAAAACAAACAGGUCGCCAUCAAACAGCCAGGAAUGGUUUCAAGCAUGCAGAGCGGUCCCGGGCGCAUUUUGCUGGGGGACCUUGAGAAGAAGAACAAUGUUUAUAUAGCUAUCAAAGCUGCGGCAAAACCGUCAGUCUCCACCACGGCAAUGUUAACAGCGGCGAGUCCAAUGUCGACCGGCAGCUUUACCACGCCCGAAGGCAUAAAUAUAACUUUGGUCGAAGGAAAUAUCGAACAAGAAACGGCUGAUGUUAUAGUGAACAGCAUCAAGUUCGACAUGGAUCUUAGUGCCGGAAAUGUUUCUGCUGCCAUUGCUCAUGUUGCUGGACCUCAGCUUCAACAGGAAUGCACGAAGAUAGGGAAAAUGUCAGCUGGAGAAAUGAAGAAGACGGGUGGCUUCAAUCUUCAAUGCAAGGAAAUCUACCAUGUCGUCUGUCCGGAUUGGGAACCAGGAAAAGAACAGGUUCUUUCCAGUCUUAUGUCACAGUGUUUAGCACAAGCACACCAGGAUGGAGUGUCAUCCAUAGCAUUUCCAACUAUUGGAACUGGAAACCUGAAGUUUCCGAAAGAAGCUGUCGCUGACGUUAUGUUUAAAGAGGCCGUGCAAUUCAGUGCAAACAACUCGCAGACCAAAGUCAAGGAUAUUCGAUUUGUUCUCUAUCCCCAAGAUGCGCAAAGUAUCACUUCUUUUAAGAUGAAAUUGUUAGAAGUACAGGGGCGGCCAAAAACCGUGCGUAUGCGUCGAAGAGUUUCAAAACCAAAUACGCCUGGGCUUACUUUAAAGUCAAUAUCAGCGACAUGCACUGAGACCGAUCAUCAUGGCGUUACCAUUCAAGUCCAACAGGGUGACCUCACAAAAGAUAAAGUUGAUGUCAUAGUAAAUACGUCAGAUGACAAAUUGAACUUUGGAAAGCUGGGUGACCACAUUGUGCAGCAAGGUGGACAGAGCAUAAAGGACGAAUGUGACCAACAUGCCGGCAAUGUACAGAAAGGGCAGAUAAUUGUAACAGGUGCUGGAAAAUUGCCGUUCAAAAAGGUAUACCACAUGAUUUUGACACACAAAAAUUUGAUACACCAAUCCGUGGAAAAGUGCUGCGAACUGGCGGAGAAAUUCCGAUGUUCUUCCAUAAGCUUCCCUGCCAUUGGGACAGGAAAUGCGAACGUGCCUGUGGCCGAGUCAGCCAAAGAGACGAUUGACGGCAUUCUUGGCUUUGUUGAAAAGACAAAACCUCGCCAUCUUCGGUGCAUACGUGUCACUAUAUUUGACCAGAGACAGGUGGGACAGUACCAUAGUGAACUCAGGUGUAGGGGAACGGCGCCGGUGACUGGAACAGCCGCAGGCAUUACAAUUAAGUCGGAGAAGCCUAACUUUAUUGAGCUGUCUUGUAAUGCAGUUACUGUUCAAGUCAAGCAGGGCAAUGUUAUGGACGACACUGUUGAUAUUAUUGUGAAUACUGUUGACUCCGGACUUA